AAUUGUGAUACAUAUAAAUAACAGGCAUUAGACAAUAGAAAUGCUAUGCACUGGAAGAUAAAAGGCGUUAAUAACAAAUACUUGGUCAUGGCUGAUUUAUACAACGAAGAUGGAGUUUCAAAAUUCAUUUCAGAAACCCUUACACACUCAAAAUUCAGUCACUUUCUCUUCUGAAAAAGAACAAUAUUGAGAAAUACACCUCUCCGUAUUUUGAAGCUGGCGGCUAUAAAUGGAAGUUGGUGUUUCAUCCAAAUGGAAACAAAAACAAGAAUAAAGCAGGCAAGCAUGUUUCUGCAUAUCUGAUGAUGGCGGACGCAACCUCACUUGCCCCUGCAGGUUGGGAGGUUCAUGCUGCUUUUCGGCUCUAUUUGCGUGAUCAAAACAAAGGCAAUUACUUGGUCCUCCAAGAUACAUCUAAUGAAAAGGGAAGAAGAUUCCAAGCGAUGAAUGUGGAAUGGGGAUUUGAUCGAUUCAUGAGUCAAGAAGCUUUCAGCAAUCCAGAAAAUGGGUAUGUUGUAGAUGAUACGUGUGUCUUGGGAGCAGAGGUUUAUGUAUGUCAAGAAAAGUUCCCAGGUAGAGGGGACUGUCUCUCCAUGGUGAAAGACCCCAUUAGCUUUAAGCACACCUGGAAGAUCGACACGUUAAUAACUGCAGAUUGUGAAGACUCUAAGACCUUCAUGGCAGGAGAACAUAAAUGGAAGAUACAAGUAUACCCCAAGGGAAAAGGGAGUGGUACAAGCAGCCAUCUAUCACUAUACUUGACAUUGGCAGAACCAAGCAGCCUUUCUCGGGGUACUCAAAUAUAUGCAGAUUUUACAUUGCGUAUCCUUGAUCAAAUGUAUGGCACACAUCAUUACAGUGGCAAAGCCAACUAUUGGUUCAGUGCAUCACGUACAUGGAGUGGAUGGCCAAGAUUUAUACCGAUUGGAUUUGUCAGUUUGCCCGGAGGCCUCUAUCGGGUCAAAGACGCUUGUGUUAUAGAAGCUGAAGUCACUGUGCAUGGGGUUACUACUAAUAAUAUCAUGCUCUAAUUAGUACCUAGAAUUUGAUCAUGACACCAAUUAUGGUAGAGAGAAUGUUUCCUCUUCUGUUUGGAUAGGCCAGAUAGAAGAAAAUUGAAGUCAGUCUCAUUGUGACAAAUUAAUCUGCUUGAAUCAUCAUUGCCAAUUUGGCAAUCCAUGUCAGUUCCAAUGCUCUUUAUCAUAUAGUUACGCUUAUGAACUACUACUAUCUGGUAAUUAAAUCCAUUUUCCGCGUUCUUGUUGUAUCUAUUAGUAUUUGUUUAAAGUGAGGUAUUAGACCUUGAGGGCUUGUUGCCAUUGCUUUUUAUUAAUGGCAUCAGAGAGAGCUUCAGGAACAGUAUUGAUCCAAGGACUGGGGGUAUUCUUUCUCUCCGAUUUGUUCUUAAUAUUCUUUAGAGGGGUCCUCUUCCCCUUGUUGUUGUUGAGGUGGGAGGUGGAAACCUCAGAGAAACCAGGGUAUUCACCUUCUUUCCAGUGUUUCUUUUUCGGAAAUGUUACCGGAGAAGAAGAGGCUUUGGCAGCGCAGUGAAAACGGAUAAGACGGGGACCAGAAGAGGAGUGGAAGUAGGGGUAGGUAGAGGAGAGGGGAUAAGUGAGGAAGACGAAGAUAAACUAAAGCAAGUGUUCCUCAUUCCUCUAUUCUCUCAUUUGCAGCAAACUGAAAUGGCACUCCCAAAAUUCUCUUGUGCAAAACAAGAUUCAAUAUCUGAACAAGUAAUGCUAAUAUUGACACUCAACUAAAUUCAUCUUUCAUUUCUCAUUAACUAAUA